GUGCGCGUAACCGCAGAAGGUCACGUGAGCGCGGCUGUUUUUCCUGUUUUAGUUUACCCGAGUGAGGUUGAAUAACACAAACAGAAAGCCACGAAGCUUUCAACAUGGUUUUACUCGUUACUUUGGGUUUGUUCGGUGUGUUGUUUCUGCAGGUUUCAGCUGCGCCGGUGAAUGAGAUGAAACACCUGCGACAAUGUAAAUUCUGGCAUAUCUCAGACUUGCACUUGGAUCCGACCUAUCAUGUCACGGAAGACCAUACCAAGGUGUGCUUUUCCUCCAAGGGCAUUCCUGCGUUGGACCCUGGAGAGUUUGGAGAUUUCUUGUGUGAUUCCCCAUACCAACUUAUUCUUUCGGCAUUAGAUUACAUGAAACAAGCGGACAUACAGCCCGAGUUCAUUAUCUGGACUGGAGACAGCCCUCCACAUGUCCCCAAAGAGAAGCUGUCUACCGACGUAGUCAUCAAUGUUAUUGCCAAUAUGACUCACACCAUACAGCAGUACUUCCCCAACUUGUCGGUUUACCCUGCCCUUGGCAACCAUGACUUCUGGCCACAGGAUCAGUUACCAACAUCUGAAAAUACGAUUUAUGAUGCAGUAGCCAAGCUCUGGUACCCUUGGUUAAGCCCAGCAGCUGUGCCUACUUUGCUUAGAGGUGGCUUUUACUCCCAUGUGAUCAAACCCGGUCUACGUCUGAUGAGUCUGAACACAAACCUGUACUACAGUCCUAAUAAAGUGACCGUGAAUGUGAGUGACCCCGCCGGGCAGUUUCAAUGGCUGGAGGAAACGCUGGAAUUGUCGAGGAAGAACCUUGAGAAAGUCUACGUAAUCGCUCACGUCCCGAUUGGAUACCUUCCUUUCGCCACAAAUACGACAGCCAUCCGAGAAAACCACAACGAACGACUGGUGAAGAUAUUUCGCAACUACAGUGACGUCAUUCAAGGUCAAUUUUACGGCCACACUCAUCGAGACAGUAUAAUGGUUCUGCUGGAUCAGCAAGGGGAACCUGUGAACUCUAUAUUCGUCACAUCUGCUGUUACACCUAUCAAAAGUCAGCUAGAACCGUAUUCAAACAACCCUGCUGUCCGCGCGUAUCUGUACAACCCACAGGAUUAUGGUUUAUUGGAUAUUUGGCAGUUCUAUUUAAAUCUCACCGAAGCCAACAUGGAGAAAAGGUCAGAAUGGAAGCUGGAAUACACCAUGACCGAAGCGUUUGAUAUCGAGGACAUUCAGCCCCGCAGCUUGCAUGAACUUGCCCUUAGGUUAGCGCAGCCACAGAGCAAGGCCUUUGUGAAGUAUUUUAACCAUUUCAUGGUGAGUUAUGACAUGAGAAUCACAUGUGAUGGGUACUGCCAGACGACUCAGGUUUGUUCUGUGCAGUUUUUAGAUAAGGAGUCAUACUCAAAGUGUAUUGUGAAAGCAGGCGGAAAAGUGGAUUGAACUAUGGAGUUGAAACUCGUUAUUUGCAAUUGUAAUGUUGUUUCCCAAAAGAUUCUCACUUCCGUACACACGGCAUUUUGUUUAAUGUGGUUUAAAAAACAGCAAUUCCCAUUUUUGUACUAAAGUUGGUAAGUAACAGACAUUCAACAUUACAAUAAUAAUAAUACAUUUGCAUAUUUCUACCAGCAGAUUUUCACUAUACAAGAAUAAUAGAGAUAAAAAAUAAAACAAUUUAAAUGUUUUUUUAUAUUUUUUACUUUGUAUUAUUGCAUGUUUAAAAGUGUAUUUUCUUUUUCUUGAAUUUGGGGAAUGUAUGACUUGUUCUUGACAGAUUUUAAUCAGAUUUUUUUAGGUUUCAAGUACACAUUACAAAUCUCGCUGUCUUGAAAUUAUUGUAAUACAUUUUUAUAUAAGUACUGUUUAAAUCUUGAUCAUUUUAGAGAUCUGUUUAAUAAUUAAAAGUCUGCUGCUAAAAAUGAAGAAAAAAAGAUAAAAUGCUUUGAUUUAACAGGACCAGUUAACUGUGAAAUUGCAACCUCCUUUGCACAAUAAAACAUUAAAGUUUA